AUGCGCAGUGCCUCUGCGGUGAUCUGCCGACGUCGGACAAUCCCAUUAGCAGGUCGGACUAGCUACAUUUGCCGGCAAUGUAGGGCCAUUCAGAUCAGCUCGUCGCCGACGAUAGAAUCAUCACGCCUCAGCGGGGAUGCCUUCGGUGCAUCCUUGGAUGCUUCUAAGGAUGCUGCAGAUGCCCGAUUCGAAGUGCUAGGGUCACCCUACUCGCUGCUUUCCGUCUCUCUUUCGGCGUCGCAGAAGCUGUACACAAGAAGAGGAACGCUGGUUGCGUUGUCAGGCAAGGCGCAAAAUGCGCAGUCGACCCUCUCUCUACUCUCACCCAUCAGUCGUGCUCCUUUCGGUGUGCCCUUCUUCUACCAACGCAUCACCUCGACGACACCCCUCACAGCCUUGAUAUCGACAAAAUCGCCAACAACGACAUUCAUGGUCCUCCAUCUCGAUGGUACCACAGAUUGGAUGGUUGCACAGCGGUCGGCACUACUAGCAUGGACAGGUCACACCCUCUCAGUGACGCCUCGCAUUCAACGCCGACUACCCCUCGCGCACUGGGGAUCCUCUGAGCUCACUGGCCGUGGACUAGCGGCUUUGUCAGCACCAGGACAUAUAUACCAAAUGACGCUAGGAGAAGGCGAGGAAUUCGUAGCCCAUCCAUCCAACGUCGUGGCUUACACCAUGACGAGGAGCCCCCCGCUACCCUUCCGAUUCAAGAGCACCGGCAUAAAUUUCCAGGUCCCUUCCGUGACGAACUGGCUUGGCGACAUUAAGUUCUUCCAGUCCAUGCGGCAAACGGACGUGUACAAGUUCCUGGCCGGGCUUAUGUUUAGCCUACGGACAACUGCGAGGAGGACGAUAUGGGGCGACAGGCUGUUCUUGCAGUUCCGCGGCCCGAUGACGCUCCUCAUGUCGAGUAGAGGAGCGAGCAUCAGGGAUGUCUUGACGAAAGAUGACGUCAACGAGAUUGCGGAUGCCCCUGGCGGAGCUGCGCCCGCGGCUGUGGAGCUGGUUACGAAGCCGCCUGUGGACACACCGAAGAAGACCGUUGAACCUACGAUACGGGCACAUGUUCCUAGUGUUGGCCAGGAUGGCAAGGUGAAGUCAUCGGAUGACAAGAAGUUGGAAGACGUUGAGAAGCCAAAACCAUAG